AUGGCCCUGACGGGAUGCCACCGCGCCUGCCCCCGCGCAGCCACCGCCGCCGCCGCGCCCGCCGCCGCCAUUUCUUCCAUCGCAGCCCAAGGAUCCACCCGCGCCUCCGCCACGGCCACCGCCCGUGCCUACGGUGGGCGACAGCGCGCCGGUGGCUACGCCUGCAGUCGCCGUUCCUUCCGCGGCAUCAGCGGCAUCGUCCCACUUCGCGGCUACAUGUUCGACCGCGAGAAGAAACAGGUCGACGUUGCCAUGGGCAUGAGAGCCGCCACCGCAGCAGGUUGCGCGUUCUGGCCCGGAGAGCAGGGCGCCACCGUGUGCCCGCAAGCCAUGCGGUGCGCGGCCCCGGGCGCUGCGCGCGGGGCCGCCUCGCCCUGCGGGCCGGGCGCGCCCGAGAAGCCUCGCGGGGCGCCCGCGGCCGAGCGCGCGUUCUCCGUGCCCGUGACGCGGCACGUCGAGAUCGAGGAGCAGAUCAACGGCUGGAGCGCGGAGGAUAUACAGGUGGUGCCGACAGCGCUGCCAGCCGCAUGGACCUGA